AAAAGACAGGGAGGCCUGUUCGCUAUCUCUCGUGGCCGGUCUGACCUAACUCGUCAUGCCUACCUCCUCGCCCUGCGUACUCGCGUCCCUUUUUAUCGUGUUAUUGCUUCUUUACCCGCCCUCAGGCUGCGUCUGUUUCCGCUUGGGGAAGCGUGAAAAAGAUGUUGCCUCUAUCAACAGCGAUGGGGCCUCAACUGCGCCAGCGCAGGUUCAGCAGUGGAAGGUCCCGCGAUUGAGUAAAGUAGUUGCUGAGGCGAUGGGGCACGGUGGCGACAGUGCAACGAGUGUGGAGUGCCAUACCGCGGAUAAACUAAUGCAAGAACGAGGGCCUGACAACUAUAGGAAGGCUGCUGCCGAGUAUAAACUUCUUUUGGAGAAGCAACCCAACAGCGCGUCUCUCAAGUUCAAAUUCGCCGACGCCAGCGUCUCAUUGCUCCGCUCAUUGACGAAUGCCAACGCGGUCCUCAUUGACGGCGUCUCCGACAGCAAAGAGAACCGGAAGCUGUGGAAGACCUGUGCAUUUGAGGCUUAUGACAUUUUAAAAGAAUUGCACGCGCAAGAGCCUCAAAACGCGCGAAUACACGUCCUCAUGACCGAGGCCUACACUUACAGGACGUCCAGCAAGGGCAUCCUAAAGGCGGCCGUGACGGGCGAUGGCCUCACCUUCAUGCGCCUCGUCGACCAGAUUGUCUCCCGCCACCCAACUUACGACGCAGGUGUGCCCUUCAUUUUUCGAGGGGCUUUCCUUCUGGCCGCGCCCUGGCCCCUGCGGGACGUGCCGAAGGCGGUGGAGGCCUUUGAGAGCGCCUGGGAGGUGGAGCCUCGGUCCUUGCGCAACAACUUCUUUCUCGGGGUCAGCCACUUCCAUGCAGGAUCAUUCGAGGCAGCCAGACAGGCCUUCGAACGGGCCGUGGGGAAGGAUGUGGAAUCGGUGGCCGCGACUGAGGUGGACGUGGCCGAGUUUUUCCGGCGGGAGUCCCGACGGUCCUUGGAGAUGACGAAAGAGAGGAUCGACGGGGGUAUGGCGUAGGGGCUGCAAGGGUGAUUGGGGAGUGUAUAGGUGGGUAGGGCUAGGAAGGCAGGUAUCGGCGACUUUUUGGUUUCCAAACUUGGUGGGAGGUAUGACGGCAAACUCGGUACACAGUAGCUUGGAGGGGGGGAUUAUUG